UCUUUUUGUUAUCUCCCUUCAGCGCUGAACUUCGAGAACAUGGUGGAGACAGGCUCCGAGACGGAGGAGGAGGACAAGCUGGCUGUGGAGGUGGAGGAGGAUGCCUUGCUCAACGGCACGGGCAGCCCGGCCAGCCUCACCCACCCUGACGCCUCGCCGGAGGCCGAGAGCAGCGGCUCGCACACAAAGGAGGAAGAGGAGGACGACGAAGACGAGAUGAGGGACAGUGGCGUGGAGCACAUCUGGCAGGACAGCGACAUGCUGAGCGCCUCCGUGGAUGGCACAGAUGAGAUGAAAGAUGAUUUUGAUACACUGGGGCCCGAUGCCACUCUGCACUCAGUUGGAAACGGUCUAGCCAAGAGUGUGGACUGCACCUCGGAGUUCGAGGAGUACUUCUCCAAGAGGAAGAUGGCCAGCGACAGCGAGAGCCACGUGGUCAGCAUCGCCGAGUACCUCCAGCGCGGGGACACCGCCAUCAUCUACCCGGAGGCCCCUGAGGAGCUGUCCCGCCUGGGCACGCCAGAGGCCAACGGCCCCGAGGAGAACGACCUCCCGCCCGGGACGCCGGACGCCUUCGCCCAGCUGCUGACCUGCCCCUACUGCGACCGGGGCUACAAGAGGCUGACAUCCCUCAAGGAGCACAUCAAGUACCGCCACGAGAAGAACGAGGAGAACUUUGCCUGCCCGCUGUGCAACUACACCUUCGCCUACCGCACACAGCUGGAGCGCCACAUGGCCACGCACAAGCCCGCCCGAGACCAGCACCAACUGCUCAACCAAGGGGCUGGCAACCGCAAGUUCAAAUGCACAGAGUGUGGCAAGGCCUUCAAGUACAAACACCAUCUGAAGGAACACCUCCGGAUUCAUAGCGGUGAAAAACCCUAUGAAUGCCCCAACUGCAAGAAGAGAUUCUCUCACUCCGGCUCCUACAGCUCCCACAUCAGCAGCAAGAAGUGCAUCGGCCUGAUAGCGGUCAACGGCAGGAUGCGCAACAACAUGAAAACAGGCUCUUCCCCGACCUCCACCUCCUCCUCACCCACCAACACUGCCAUCACCCAACUCCGGCAGAAGCUGGAGAACUGCAAGCCCCUGAGCCUCCAGGACCACAACAACCACCUGAGCAUCAAGACGGAGCCGAUCGACUUCAACGACUACAAGCUGAUGAUGGCCGCCCACGGCUUCGGCGGUCCGGGCUCCUUUAUGAACGGAGGGGGCAUGGGAGGGGGUAACAGCCCGGUUGGGAUGCAUCACAACUCGACGGCUCAGAGCCCCCUGCAGCACCUGGGCAUGGGCGGACUGGAGUCGCAGCUCCUGGGCUACCCGGGUUCCCUGGGGAAUAACCUGAACGAGGUGCAGAGGGUCCUGCAGAUCGUGGACAACACUGUGUGCCGGCAGAAGAUGGACUGCAAGCCCGAGGAGCUGUCUAAGCUGAAGGCCUACAUGAAGGAGUUGGGCUCGCAGAUCGAGGAGCAGAAACAGGGCCUGCUGUCACCCGGGUGCUCCCCGGUGGGUCUGCCGGUGGUCAACCACAACGGAGCCACCAAAAGCAUCAUCGACUACACAUUAGAGAAAGUGAACGAAGCCAAAGCUUGCCUCCAGAGCUUGACCACAGACUCAAAGAGACAGAUCAGCAAUAUCAAGCGAGAGAAGUCCAACCAGAUGCUUGAAGGCGGCAUGGAGGAGAAAAUGCAGGAAAAUAAUAUGUUUACACCCUUCACUUGCCAAUACUGCAAAGAAACCUUCCCCGGUCCGAUACCGUUACAUCAACACGAACGUUAUCUUUGUAAAAUGAACGAGGAAAUCAAGGCGGUCCUGCAACCUAGCGAGAACCUGAUGAUCACCAAGCCCGGGAUGUUCAUGGAGAAGAACGGCCACCUACUGUCGUCCAUGUUGUCCGAGAAGGCCCUGAACGGUCCCAUCAACCCGUACAAGGACCACAUGUCUGUGCUGAAGGCGUACUUUGCCAUGAACAUGGAGCCAAACUCCGAAGAGCUGCUCAAGAUAUCCAUCGCGGUCGGGCUCCCUCUGGAAUUUGUCAAGGAGUGGUUCGACCAGCGUAAAAUGUAUCAGUAUGGCAGCACGAGGGCCGCGCCGCUAGAACACCGAAACAACUCGGACAUGCAGGUGGGAGUAAACAACCACCAGACAAUGCCAAAGGACUCGAUGGUAGCCAGGUCACCGCUGUCGCUGGUUAAACCGGACGACCGCAUCACGUCCCCCUCGUACGGGGAGCAUCACAACAACAACAACAACUGUGACAACGCACUUAGACACUUGAGAAAUGGCCACCAGUUCAUCAACAGUGCCAAACCCAUGGGGGAGAAACGGGGCCACUCUCGCAGCAACACUCCCUCCCCACUAAACCUGUCCUCGGCCUCCUCCAAAAACUCUCACAGCAGCUCCUACACUCCAAACAGCCUGACUUCAGAGGAUCUGCAGGCCGAGCCGUUGGAUCUGUCCCUGCCCAGGCUGAUGAAGGAGCCUAAGCAUGCACUGACGGCCCGGAGCAGACCCAAAGUGAACAGCAUCACCAUGGACCACAACAGCCUCCCAUCUCCUCCGCAGCACUUCCAGGAGCCCUUGAACCUGGCUUAUCUGAAGAAGGACUUCUCGGGCUCCACCAACAACAACGUCAGUCUGGAAAAGAGCACUAGCCCCAUUUUCGGCAUGAACCCCUUCGCCGCAAAGCCCAUGUACACAUCGCUGCCACCCCAGAGCACUUUCCCUCAGGCCACGUUCAUGCCCCCCAUGCAGGCGGGCAUACCAGGUCUCCGGCAUUACCCGGGCAUGGAACAAAUGGGAUUCUUACCGCACAUGGCCUACACUUACACAACGGGGGCAACGACGUUCGCAGAGAUGCAGCAGAGGAGGAAAUACCAGCGAAAACCAGGUUUCCAGGGGGACAUGCUCGACGGACCGCCCGAUUACUUGUCCGGCCUUGAGGACAUGACAGACCCUGACUCCUGUCUGUCACGGAAGAAGAUGAAGAAGACUGAAAGUGGCAAGCGACCACACCAGUGUCAGAUCUGCAAGAAAGCCUUCAAACACAAGCACCAUCUCAUCGAGCACUCGCGCCUGCACUCGGGGGAGAAGCCCUACCAGUGCGACAAGUGCGGCAAGCGCUUCUCCCACUCGGGCUCGUACUCGCAGCACAUGAACCACCGCUACUCCUACUGUAAGCGGGAGGCGGAGGAGCGGGAGGCGGCCGAGAGGGAGGCCCGCGACAAGGGUCACCUGGAGCCGACUGAGAUGCUGAUGAACCGGGCCUACCUCCAGGGGCUGACCCCGCAGGGCCUGACCCCGCAGGGCCUGACCCCGCAGGGCAUGACCCCACAGGGGAUGACCGCACAGGGGUACCCUGACCUGGGGGAGCGCCAGGCCAUGCUGAGGCACGAGGGCCUGAACGGAGGAGGGGGAGGAGGUGGAGGAGGAGGUGGUGGAGGAUUAGGAUUAGGAGGCGGAGGGGUAGUGAUCAGAGACGGACGCAAGGAUGUGGACGGAACGUAUGAGCGGAUGAAGAUGAUCGGCCGGAGGGAGGUGGAGUUUGGCGAGGAGGAGGAGGAAGAGGAGGAGAGGAAGAGCAUGGAUACGGAUCGGGACACGCUGAGGGACGAGGAGGAGAACGGUGAGCACUCCAUGGACGACAGCUCACUUGACGGCAAGACGGAAACUAAGUCGGACCGCGAGGACGCCAUGAUGGAGGACGGCAUGUAAACAUCGAGAGAACCCCCCCCCCCCCAUCCGUGAUACCCCUGCCCACGACCGCACCCCUCACAGCCCCCCCAAAAUCCUGUCCCCGGGGCAGGACAUCAUGUCGGAUUCACCCGAUGUCACUCGCUCGGUUUUUAAAACGCGCGGCCCUGUUUUUUGCGUACGCCGUCAACAUGCACGUGCCUGAUGCUUCCGGGAAGCGUUCUCCGUCAAAAAAAAAAA